AUGCGUCUGUCUCCCCAGUCCUGUUUUUCCAGCUCGUGUGCCAUUCCAGUCCUGCCUCGGCUUCCGAUCCCUCAACAUUUUUUAUCCAUUCAAAUAUACCGCCAGUCCCUGUGCAAGCCAACGCCAUUACAACACACUCCUUAUACCUUCUUUCGACUUCUUUUAACCGCCCAUCCCCCGCCUUCGUCCCUGCCAUUGACAAGUCUGAUCAAUAUGGGCUCUCUCGGACCAUAUAAGCAGAAGCACAAGGUGACUGUGGUCGGUUCAGGAAACUGGGGCACUGCUAUUGCCAAAAUAGUUGCCGAGAAUGCCGCCAGCAAUCCCGCCGUUUUCGAGGAGGACGUCCAGAUGUGGGUUUUUGAAGAACAAGUUGAAAUUCCGGAGUCGUCCAAGCACUACGAUCCUGCCUCUCCUCUCUGCCAAGGAAAGCAGAAACUCACCGAUGUGAUCAACAAAACCCACGAGAAUAUCAAAUACCUUCCUGGAAUUGCCCUCCCAAGGAACCUGCACGCCAAUCCGUCACUGGUGGAUGCUGUCAAAGACAGCACCAUUCUCGUUUUCAACCUUCCGCAUCAGUUUAUCAUCAACAUCUGUGGGCAGAUCAAGGGCAAGAUUCUUCCAUAUGCGCGCGGUGUUUCCUGCAUCAAGGGUGUGGAUGUAAAUGAAGAGGGAAUCAGUUUGUUUUCCGAAACCAUCGGCAAGAUCCUUGGGAUUUACUGCGGUGCUCUCUCUGGGGCCAACAUCGCCAAUGAAGUCGCUCAGGAGAAGUGGUCCGAGUCCAGCAUUGGUUAUGAUCCUCCGCACUUUGAUUCCAAGGCCCCUACUCCGAAUCGCUCUCCGUCCGCAUCCACCGACGACAUCGUGCACUUUGAGCACAAGGAUGUUUCCGGACAGUUCUCACGCGUGAAGCUGCAAGCCUUGCCUUCGGAAUUCCCUCCUAUCGAUCAUGGCCUUCUUAAGUCGCUCUUCCACCGCCCCUACUUCCACAUUCGGGUGGUCAACGAUGUCGCCGGCGUCUCAUUGGGCGGCGCCCUUAAGAAUGUUGUGGCUGUCGCUGCGGGCUGGGUCGAAGGUAUGGGCUGGGGAGACAAUGCCAAGGCCGCGAUCAUGCGUGUUGGCCUUUUGGAAAUGGUCAAGUUCGGCGAGCAGUUUUUUGGAGCCACUAUCAACACCAGAACGUUCACGGAAGAGAGUGCCGGUGUUGCGGAUUUGAUUACAAGCUGCAGCGGCGGACGAAACUUUCGUUGCGCAAAGCUGAGCAUUGAGAGAAACCUGCCAAUCGAGAAAAUUGAGGAAACGGAGCUGAACGGCCAAAAGCUGCAAGGCACACUAACAGCAGUUGAGGUUAAUCAGUUCUUGAAAAAGCAAGGUCUUGAGGAUGAGUUUCCACUGUUUACGGCAGUUUAUCGCGUUCUCCAAGGCACAAUGACUGUUGAGGAAAUUCCUUCUUAUAUUGAGCGGUAA